UCAAGAAGUCCAGCUAAUCCACUUCACGUCAUUUCGGACUUGAAACUAGACCUUGACAGUGUGUGGACCCCAGCGUACUACGGAGAUGAGGAGGAAUUUCCUAAGGAUGAAAAAGCAGAGGAUAUCAGUAAGGAUUGGGUCAUCUUCUCCACGAAGAAUAAUCGCCUCCUUUUGAAGAAGGGUCUACACGGAAAGGCCUAUCCUAUAAGCGGUCAAUACAAGGUCGAUAUUAAUAACCAUAAUUACAAAGGAAAUAUGCUUUCUGAGUUAAUUGAGACCGUGGUGAUGGGGGAACGUGGCGCAGGUGGGGCAAAGCAGUGUAAGUGCCCCUCCUUGACUUACCGCAAGGACCUGAGGUGUUUCGCAUGGUCAAGCGAAAUUGCACCACUUAAUAAAAAGAAUGGCAGCAGCGCUGUUGAGAAGGGUGUAUUCGGUGAGGUGACACGAAGAAGCUAUUACCAAGAGGUAUUUCACUAUUUCAAUGAGGCUAAGCCUAGUCCAUUUCCCAAACGCUACAAAUUACUUGAGUUUAAUUAA